CACGGAAGAGCACAAGGCAGCCUCUGCAGUCCGUUUCUCCCCCAGGAAUCAGCAUCUGGCAGUCCAUUUAUCCGAAAAAAUCCAAGAUCAGUAGUCACAAUGCCGCGAUCAAAUGAAAUCUUACCUGGCCUACUAGCUGCGAAAGCUAUUGCAGCACGCCAUCAGAUCCGUGAGGUCAUUGAUGGCGUAGCACAGUUUGUGACCGAAGUCGGGCUUCGGCAAUGUGCCAUUCGAGAAUACAACGCCCAUCACAUCACCGGCGACGAAUCUGGUUACUGGAUGGCUGAGCUUGAGUGGGCGUACCGAGAAAUGGUGCCCGUGUAUGCAUCUGUUCAAGGAAUGUUCCUUGUGCGUGAUCCUCAGUUUGCAGCUGUGCUGGGAAACGAGCAGGAAAUACAGUUGAGAAACAUUCUGAUAGAUGCCAGGAAUACAGUUGACUCGAUCAACCGUUUGUUCGUGGUGAUGGGGAGCAGCGCAUCAUUGUUUGAGUAUAUUGUGAAUAAUUGCUCGCUUUUGGAUCCAGUAGCUCAUCAGGAGGCAGAAACCAUAUUAAGCGAGGCCAUUAAUAUCGGUCGCCUCAUACAAGCUUUUGCAGGCCAUCUCCAGUUCCAUUUGGAGGUUAUUGCAAAUAUCUGCAAUGAGGGCAUGUUGGUUCCACCCUUGCACCAGGACUAGUCGAAUUAUAGGCCAAGGCCUGCAGGAUAACAGAGAAAUGCGAAGGCAGGCUUUCAUUUGAAGCAAAUGUGAUUCUUCCGGUUUUGGUAGAGUAGAUGGCUGUGGUCGGUGGUAGUAAAAUGAAUGGUGGAAUUGUUGUUAUAAGUGUUUUACCUCCUUGCGGGUCUAUCUGCAGAUAACAUGUUUUGCAGUAGUCUUAUCUUGAGACCUUUGACUUGAUGCAGUAUCUGCAGAUAACAUGUUUUGUAGUAGACUUAUUUUGAAUGGCGUUGAGGCAGUACAUCAGCUUGCCGGGUGGAUGUUAAACUGGUUAUCUUGUUGGGUACAUGUUCUUAUUUCCU